AUGGACGAUAUUAUAUUCGACAGCAACCCCGACGGCGCCCCAGCCGGGUUGGACGAAAGGGUGGCCCAGUUAGCAGAUCCAGAAUGGGCGGACGAUGCAUUGGUCGACGACGACGUCGAACAAAACAACACGCCCGAAAAUACCGAGACUUUUACGGAGUCCAGCCAACGGCUUUGGCGGGUGGACCAUUCGACCGGAACUUACAAAUACAAAGCCCAACGGUUCAUCGAAAAGGUACUCGAUCCAAGAUUCGAACCAACCGAUGCUUUGAGGAUGCUGCAAACCCGACACACGAUUGAUUAUGGAGCUUCCAGCUCCGGCGGCCGACGACCAAAAACCACCGACAAAUUCUACCCACAAUUCUUUCUCGAUUUCCUCAACAUAGUAGGGAAGCCCGGCCGGAUGAUUUCACAAUUCAACUGUCCUACGUACGAGCACGUUACGGUCACCUUCCAGAAGUGGGCGUCGCCGUAUGCGGCCAAACACACCGGCGGCAUUAAUUUCGACCUUACCGGGCGCACGUUCCACAUCGCUUCGGGGGUGUCGCCCAAAAACUGGUUCAUCGUCAUGCACCCGUUGGAAAGUCGAAUAAACGAACUCCCACAUUCGGCGACCGAGCAACAUAGAAUCGACCAAACGGCGGCCAAUAGCGGGAUGCCGACGCCAUUGGCUACACAACUCGCGUUUUACAUCGUGGACAUUUUUCAAGUCACCGGCAUGUUUGGCCAGGGCGUCGAGCGAGCCUGGAAGCCUGGGAGCCAACACAGGCAAGAUAUAAACAUAUCCAACUGGGCCCUGUUCCAGGAUCGUUUUAUGCGCGGAUGGAAGGACUGGGCCGACGGGUUCGAACCUACGUCUUUUUGGCAGGUACACUUGCCAGCAUUCCAUGCAUACGACUAUGGUGUUACGACCAGACAGUUGGGCCGGUACCAGAGAGGCCAGGUGGGGUCACACCCCUCCUGA